AUGUCUCCAAAACUAUCACUAAAUGAUGCUUGUGUUAUUGCUGAAUUCCGUGGUACUGUAAAACUAACUCUUGAAAAUAUCAAACAAAUCGCAUUAUCUAAACAUGGAGAAUGCCUUUCAACCGAGUAUAAAAAUAAUCAAUUACCAUUAAUGUGGCGUUGUAAAGAAAAUCAUUUAUGGCGCGCAUCUGUUGGCAAUGUGAAAAGUGGUAAAUGGUGCCCAUAUUGCGCAGGUAAUGCCCAACUUACUCUUGAAGAUGCCAAGCAAAUUGCACUCAACAGAAAUGGCAAAUGUCUUUCAACUAUAUAUAAAAAUUCUGAUAUGCCAAUGGCAUGGAAAUGUCAUCAAGGUAAUAUAAAGUUAACUCUUGAGGACGCAAAGAAAAUCGCAUUAUCCAGGUAUGGUGAAUGCCUUUCAACUGAGUAUAAAAAUAUUAAUGAUCCGCUCAUUUGGAAAUGUCAAUUCAACCAUCAAUGGCGAAAUGACCUUAACCAUGUUAAAAAUAGAGGGCAAUGGUGUCCAUUUUGUAUCGGUCGAAAUCAGUCAAUAAAGGAUAUGUGUAAACUUGCGCAAACAAAAAAUGGAGAUUGCCUUUCAGAUCAAUAUUAUGAUUCGCAAACAAAAUUAGAAUAG